CGCCCAUCGCCCCUUCACGUGUAUUCACUGCUGCAGGAACAACACUUGUUUCUAUUGGACGGUUGUUGCCAAAUUCACUGACAGCAGGCAGAGAUUUUGAAAAUGGUGAUGUGACCACGGACAAGGGACAGGCAGUAUGGAGGGACGCGUGAAGAUCGGUGCGGCUAGUAAUGAAAUGGAGGCGAUAGCAGAAACGGAGGAAGGUCUGACGGGAGAAGCUGCCGUGGAGGGAAGCCAUCUUUACAAGGAGGACCAGCAGCUGGUGGUGGCCACCCCAUCAGUAGUGAUAUCAGAGGACAGGAUAUCGGAGGACACUCUGAAAGGUCAGACAGGAGAAGACAUGGCUAUGGAGGGAAGCCAUCUUUACAAGGAGGACCAGGAGGUGGUCCCUUCAGCAGUGAGUGAGGACCACCCUGGGACCUCGGCAGCCACUCUGAAAGGUCAUACAGAAGACAUGGCUGUGGAAGGAAGCCAUCUUUACAAGGAGGACCAGGAGAUGGUCCCUUUAGCAGUGAGUGAGGACCUCCCCGGGACCUCAGAGGACACUCUGAAAGGUCAGACAGAAGACAUGGCUGUGGAAGGAAGCCAUCUUUACAAAGAGGACCAGGAGGUGGUCCCUUCAGCAGUGAGUGAGGACCACCCCGGGACCUCGGAGGACAUUCUGAAAGGUCAGACAGAAGACAUGGCUGUGGAAGGAAGCAAUCUUUACAAGGAGGACCAGGAGGUGGUCCCUUCAGCAGUCAGUGAGGACCACCCCGGGACCUCAGAGGACAAUCUGGAGGGUCAUACAGGAGAAGACCUUGUGAUGGGUCAGGAUUGGGGCAGUGAGAGUGAUGUCCACCAGGCUGUGGAUGAAACGCUGGACGACCAGGCUAACCUGGAGGACGAGGGUCUUGGACCACCAGCCAAAAAGACCUGCCCUGACCAGACAGACCCAGUGUGCGCUGAGUGCCAGGAGGAUGUUGAGGGGGCGUCACAUGAGGAGGCGGAUCCUGUGCCAGAUGCCGAGACCCCAGAGGAUGCCUACAGUCCAGCGCAGUACGACUUCUCCCAGCAGCCGUGGGCUCUGACGGGCGCCUGGGCGGAGUACACCAGUGUCCCAGAGAACUUCCUGAAAGGGUGCAAGUGGGCCCCGGACGGAUCCUGCAUCUUAUCCAACAGUGAUGACAACAUCCUGCGCAUUUAUAACCUUCCUCCAGAGCUGUACUCUGCUGAAUGGGACCUACUGCAGGAGAUGGGGCCGGUUCUCCGUAUGUCGGAGGGAGACACCAUUUACGAUUAUUGUUGGCAUCCUCUCAUGAACUCCAGUGACCCGGCCUCCUGCUUUGUCGCCAGCAGCAGCAGAGACAACCCCAUUCAUGUUUGGGAUGCCUUCACCGGAGACCUCAAGGCUUCUUACCGACCCUAUAACCAUUUGGAUGAGCUGACGGCCGCUCACUCGCUGUGCUUCUCGCCGGACGGAUCUCGCCUGUUUUGCGGGUUUGAUAAGAUGGUUCGGGUAUUUGACACUUCUCGGCCUGGAAGAGACUGUGAAUGUCGCCCCACUUUCCAGAAGAAGCUGGGUCAGCCGGGGAUCAUCUCCUGCAUUGCGUUCAGCCCGGCUCAGGACAUAUACGCCUGCGGCUCGUACUCCAGGUGUCUGGGCCUCUACUCCUACGAAGAAGGGGUGACGCUGGCCGUCCUGCACGGCCCCAUAGGAGGGGUCACCCACCUGCUGUUCUCUGCGGACGGGCGCUGCGUGUUCUCCGGGGGCAGAAAAGACCCAGAGAUCUUGUGCUGGGACGUCCGUCACCCCGGGCAGGUGCUGACCUCCCUGAGGCGCAGUGUGACCACCAACCAGAGGGUGUACUUUGACACGGACAGCUUGGGCCGGUACCUGGUCAGCGGGGACACGGAGGGGGUGGUGUCUGUCUGGGACAUGUCGUCUCCGCCGGUGGAGGGAGUGUUGUCACCAGCGCUGCAGUUCCAGGCACAGACUGACUGCGUCAACGGCGUCAGCCUGCACCCAUCUCUACCCAUCCUGGCCACGACGUCGGGACAACGGAAGUUUCCGGAGUCAGAAGACAGCGGAGAUGAGACCCAUCAGGAAGCAGAAGGAGCGAAACGCAGCAGAGCUGGAGAGAACGCGCUGCGGCUCUGGUGGUGCGGAGGCAGCAGCAGUGAUGCCAAGUAGUGGGGCACAGCCGGAGAGACAUUGUGCUGCCACAUAGAGGGGGACAGGGGAUUCCCUCAGUUUUUGUAUUUCUGGGUAUUAUAUUUUGUACAUAUGUAUCCCUGUAGGUAUCUGUAAAUAUUUUAUACCUUGUGUACAGCCUGAACGCAAUAAAGAGUCUCGCACAA